GUGGACUGUUUAGCGCUGCGAUCUGGCCACCGCCCUCCGAGCAAGCGCCUGUCCGCUGCCUUGCAGUCCCAGCGGAGUAGACCGCGACGCACUUCCCGGCCAGCAUGUCCGUCGGUCGGAGCGACUGGUCCACGUUGUCCAGCUUGGCGCGCCAGUGGACAAUGGAGGACGAGGAGGAGGUGGAGAGGGAGAGGAGGAGGAGGGUGAAGAGCUCAAGCAGCGCCCGCGACACCGAGAGCGACGUCAGUGCGGCGCCCGUUGAUACGCCCGCAAGCGACCGGGAGGCCGACUGCCCACCUGAGACCUCACCGGACUCCAGCAGCGUGGAGCAGAUGCAGCUGGACUUUGUGGGGAUGCUGCGCGUGCGAGAUGAAAGGUGCGGGAUGAGGCGCAUGGAGUCGCUGAGACGCCAGAAGGGCGUCGGGGAGGAGGACGAGAAGUCUGGCGGGGAAGGAGGGAGAGGAGGACGACGCAGGGAGGAGCUAACUGCGGAACAGGACAAAUCCACCACCAAAACAAAUCAGCCACAACAGCAAGAAAACGGAGAACCACUGAAGAAAGACGCCAUUUCCAGGCAACCAUCCGACACGACGCGCAAGUUUGUCAGUUCUGUCUCCAUCUGUCUCGACAAGAGCCCCUCCGCUAGCGGGCGCACGACCCCUGUGAGCCCCCUCUCGCCGCGGACCCCCAGGUCACCUCGAGAACAAUGGUCCUCACCAUGCAGUAGCCCCUCCCCUCAUGGACUGAGGAGCCCCAUUCCCAAUGGACACGCACUCGAGACAAGUGUGAUGAGCUCCUCGACCGACAACAACGGCGAGCAAACCACCAAAGCUCUCUUAAUCAGGAAGAGCUCCAGGACCAUAUCUUUUCGGAUGAUGAGGAAGAAAGAGGAGGAGACUUCGCCAUUGCAGAGAAGUGCGAGUGUCAGGGUGGCCUCCAAAAAGUUCGAAUGCAAGACGGUAAAGAAUGAAGCCCUCAAUGAGGACAAAGCACCAUCUUUCCAGAGGAAUUCCGUGCAGCGAGUGUCAUCGAGGUCCAUCCAGGAGAAAAUGGACAGGCUGGCCCAGGCUGCACAGAAAUCGGAAACGGGUCGAUGUCCCGAUGUGAGCCAGCGUACCUUGUACCUGCUGGACGAAGUGUCCAGGAAGAGGGGCAUCUUUGAGAAGGAGCCGCAGGCAGACGCCCCAGUUGGCCCUCCCAAACACGAAUUUCGGGGCUCUACAUCAGGAAUGUCGGACCGGAUCGACCGCUGGCUCGACAAGACCACCCCAAUCGGAUGCACCUCCAAUCCUACGGACUUCAAAAGUGUGGACUUCACCAGCAAGAGGAGUUUGUUUAAGAACGUCACAAAAUCCAAACAAGGACAAAUCUACAAGUGAAAGAUGAUUUCGUCAUAUUUGGCAAAGCACGAGAAACGUUUUUAAUCUGAUUCUUUGCAAAUAUGGAAAAUGGAAGCACUUGAAUUCUGCUGUAUUUGUCUCUGCUUUUAUUUGUCUUUCCACCCUUGGUCUCCUUCCUGGGUGGGGGAAAAAAAAAAAAUCAAAAUAAAACAAGUUGUAAUCUUGGAAGACUGAAAAGGAUGAGACUUCUUUAAAGUUAGAUCCGUUUCAUGUUAAAAGUACAAAUGUAAUUUGUCAAUAUAAGCAGUUUAAAGAGUAAGAUCGUGUGCCAAUCCACACAUGAAAUCUUUUGUUGUGCAUGUGCAAUGAGAAAGUCCCCACCUGUGAAAUAAAACCCUUUAAUACAACAAACGACACUUA